AUGAUCCCCCAUCGGAGCACGACGCUCUUUGCCAUCAUUGUCUUUGUCGCCUUCCUGCUGUUCAUCUUCUCCUCGUCUCCCGUCAAUAACUCCUCUGAAUCUGUUGUUUACGUUCCUUCGCGGUACGUUCCGCGGCCGAAGCUGCCGUCUUUCGACAACUUCCGUUUCCCGUUCCGCCCAGCUGCCCAUAAACCACCGGAGGAGAAGAACAGUACGAGCGGAGACUCGAAGUGGUACACCGAUUUUAGAUGGCUGAACCCGUUUUCCUCCUCCAUCACGCUCGAUGAGAAUCGAUCUGUGCUGCCGCCGCUGCCGCACCGGACCCCCGUGUAUACCUUCUACGAGCCCAACGAGAAAAACGAUGAUCAAGAGAAGGAGGCCGAUGCCAAGUUGCUCCUGGCCUGGCGGCGAGCGUGGUAUGCUCAGGGCUUCCGGCCCGUCGUCUUGAGCCGGGCAGAAGCCAUGAACAACCAGUACUACGAGGCCGUGCAACGACUCAAGAUGGACCCUGCGCUUGAGACGGAUUUUUUUAGGUGGCUGGCCUGGGGGCACAUGGGCACUGGUCUUUUGGCGGACUGGCGAUGCUUCCCCAUGGCGCGGUACGACGAUGAUCUGCUGACGUAUCUGAGGCGGGGUGCCGUUCCCACCCAUAUCACCCGGUUCGAGAAGCUCGGCGGGGGCCUCUUUGCGGGCGAAAAGUCGCGGAUCAAUGAUGCCAUCAACGAGGCUAUCAAAGCCUUCAAUGAUCACGCCAAGUCCAUGAUCGAACUCAUUCCGGCAGACUUCUUCAAGGUCGAGCAACCCAGUGCGCUGGCCUUCUACAAUUCGAACACCAUCACGACGCACUAUCCCGCUCUUGCCGAAAAACACGUCUCCUCCACGGCCUCAGGUCGUCUGGCGCUGACCGAACUGAUCAAUGCGCACCUCCACAACACUUUCCUCAACAGCUUCUCGUCCGGUAUUGCGGUGCUGAAACCGCUGCCAGAGCACACCACCGCGUUGGUAGAACCUGCUUUGCGCCUUGCCAAAGCACUCAUCCAGUGUCCGUCGUCUGUGCUGCCCACUUCCUGUCCUCCGAACCGUCCGACGUGCCAGCCGUGUAGCUCCUCUUCCAAACCGAUCUCCAUCACCCAGCCGCCGGCGUUUAAAAACACGACGAGUCUGUUCACGAUUGGUACAGUGCCUCAUCCGUACACACUGAUCAGCCUGCAGCAUGGCUCCGACGACGUGACCACAAGAUAUAUCCGUCGGGAGACUCCGCGUGACCCUUGGUUGAUGGAGGUGACGAAAGAUCUGUUGGGACCCGAGCGUGGCGGACCAUCUCGGGUGGUGGUGUUCAAGGAGCUGGUUGCUGGCGAAGCAGCUAUUGCACGAUCGUUUUGGAUGACCGUGGAAAACCUUCGGGCCCAACCGGGCGAGGAUAUCCCGGCGGAGAUCCUGGAUGAAAUGGAGUGGCAGUUUGGAUUUGCCAUCCCCCGGGAUGUGUCCAAGAAGGACAAAGCCGCCGAGGAUAAGGAUAAGAAGCCGGAUGAGAACAAACCAGAAGAAGCCAAGCCGAACGACGGAGCACAGGCGCGUGGUGAGGCGCUGCAGAAGGAGUACAACCUCAUCGAGAAGGCUCGAGAGGUCCUGAGGAGCAAGGAAUCCAACCGAAUUGGCAUCCGCGACGUGGCUGAAGCAUGGAACCUUGCCGACUCGGAAGUGUGGCGGUUCGUUCGGGCGUACCGAGCGCGAAGUGUCGUGGAACGAAAGAAGUGGGAGGAAGAGGAGAAGAAUUUCGUUGGCGCCAGGCUUGAUUAA